AUGGAACCUUCCAAACUACUGGCUGUCUUUCUGUUGCUGCUGCCAUCUUUUGUGUCAGCACACCGUAAGCGGAUCAUUGGAGGUGUGGAAUGCAGGGAGGAUGAACAUCCAUGGCUUGUGAUGCUCUAUGACUCUAACGGCCUGAUCUGCUCUGGAAUAUUGAUCGAUAAUAACUGGGUGCUCAGUGCUGCUCAUUGCUACAACAGAGGCCCAAUGCGUAUGAAGCUUGGAACGCACAACAAAUAUGUGCAAAAAUUUCAUGAAGAGCAGAGAGUCAGUGUGGCCGCCCAUUGCUACCCUGACGCACCCCACACCACCAGGAACAGCUGUGAACGCUACAUCGGUGAUAUCAUGAUGCUCAAAUUGAACAAACCUGUGAGGUACAACAAGUUCAUCGCCCCUCUCCGCCUGCCCACCACCUCUGCCUCCGUGGGAGCAAAAUGCAGAGUCAUGGGUUGGGGCUCAACCACAGCUCCUUCACAGACUUAUCCUGCAAUUACUCGAUGUGUUGAUGUCUUCAUACAAGAGAAACGCUCGUGCGCUAGGUCUGUUGGAUUGCGGAAAAAGAAUCCCAACAUAUUAUGUGCAGGACAUCUGAACGGAUGCCAAGGAUGCUGGGGUGAUUCUGGUGGACCCCUUAUCUGUGAUGGAAAACUCCAGGGGAUUGUAUCUUAUGGUAAGCCGCUUGGGCUUGCCGCCUAUACCAAGGUCGACAGCUAUCUCAACUGGAUCCGUGGUUUUUAUUGA